AUGUCAAGAGUUGGAACAUUAGUCCUAGGCCCAGCCGGUGUUGGAAAAAGUACCUUUUGCAAUUCAAUAAUAUCACACAUGCAAAGUGUGGGCCGUAGAGCUCAUCUUGUCAACUUAGAUCCAGCUGCAGAACCUAGUGAAUUCGAAUUUACCAUAGAUAUUAGAGAUUUGAUCUCAUUACAAGAUGUUAUGGAAGAAUUAAACUUGGGGCCGAAUGGUGGGUUGGUCUAUUGUUUUGAAUAUCUAUUAAACAAUUUGGAUUGGUUAGAUGAAGAGAUUGGCGAUUAUAAUGAUGAAUAUUUAAUAUUUGAUUGUCCGGGACAAAUCGAAUUAUAUACCCAUAUUCCAGUUCUACCAACAAUCGUGAAACAUUUGCAACAACAAUUAAAUUUCAAUCUAUGUGCUACAUAUCUUUUAGAAGCUCCAUUUAUAAUAGAUCGUUCAAAAUUCUUUAGUGGCGCUUUAAGUGCCAUGAGUGCUAUGAUCUUAUUAGAAUUGCCACAUAUCAAUGUCUUGUCUAAAUUAGAUUUGAUUAAAGAUGAAUAUUCUAAAAAACAAUUGAAAAAAUUUUUAAACCCUGAUCCUCUACUAUUGAUUGAUGAUGUUAAUAAUGAAACAAAUCCAAGAUUUGCAAGACUUAAUGAAAGUAUUGCUCAUCUUGUGGAUGACUUUGGUAUGGUUCAAUUUUUACCACUAGAAGCUAAAAAUCCUGAUAGUAUUCAAACAAUUUUGAGUUAUAUAGAUGAUGUUACACAAUGGGCCGAAGGUCAAGAACCAAAAGACCCUAAUGAACAAGUUGAAUUUGAGGAAGAAGAUGAGUACUAG